AUGAUUGAUGAAGAUGAUCUUCUUCUUGAAGAAUUCACACAAGGAAAGAGUUCAAUACCCUCUGAAAAGAACCCUGGCGAAGAAGAUGAAGAUCAAUUAGAUGAUGAGAUCCAAGAUUGGGGAUCCUUUCUAAAGGCAUCGAAUAUCCAAAUCCUGGGGUUGACCCCGCAGUCACAUAUCGUGCCAAAGAGAGGUGAUAAAGGGUUUGAACCUACUGCAAAUAACUAUGAUAAUUUACUUUUACAAAAUAAGAGAGAUAUUAUGUACGCUACCAUAGGAAACUCUUCCCGUGGCCAUCAUCAUAAAAACCACGUUGAAGCGUUCUGGCUGGCUGAUGCAUCUAGUAACGAGGGGGAAGAACAAUAUGCUGUGGUCCCAAAACCCAAAGGAAGUGCAUUUAACAGUAUGGGCAUACCGAGUUCCCAACGUCAUAUUUUUUUGAACUUUGAAGAGAUUUUAUAUUUGGUAGAAAGAGGAAGUGUGGAUUGUUAUCUCAUUGGCAAUACAAAAGAUGCUAGCGAACAAAAGGCGUUACCAAUGAAUUUACAAAUGUGCUAUUCUGCAUUCUUAAAAUCCAGUGAGGAUUAUGACAUGUUCUACGUCUACAGUUAUUUGAAAAGAUAUGGAUAUGUGGUGAGACGGGCCACGGAGGAUAUUAAAAGACCACCAACUGUGAAUAAUAAAAAAAGAGGUCCAGGGUUGUCGACCACCUUUUGGAAUAUAAUGUUCAAGAAGCCUUUACUAACAGUAGGUUCAAUUUUCUAUAAAUUACUAGGCGCCCCAUUACUAGCAGUAUUGCCCAAAUUAAGAGUUUUGUUGAGUAGGUACUCAUGGUCAACAUUGUAUGAAAGCUUAUAUGCAACUAGUUAUGGCACGGUUCUUGACUAUGAAAAUUUUAAAGCGGUUGAUACUUCUAAAUUCAAGAUUGUGUACAAUCUUUGGAAGCCCAAUAAUCACCAAAAGGCCAACACUCCACCGGACUUUCAAGUAAUAAUUGUGAAUACCAAUUUGACAAGUCUUCCAACAGUGGACGAAAUCAAAUCAAUCUUCAAAAAAUGUUAUGACCAUGACAGAAUUUUAAUUGCCAUUCUUGAUAAUGGGAUGUUGAAUUUCAUCAAACCAACUUCAAGUAACGUGGGUGGUAAAAAUGCGUACUUAGAGGGGAUUAAGAAGCAACUAAAAAGAAAAAGAAAUAAUAAUAAGAGUAAUAGUAAUAGAGGUGGAAGGCUGAACAAGGGUAGUAGAGGGGGAAAAGGUAGAAAAUGA